GUUCUUUACUACUUUUGUUCUCUCUUUCUUCUUGUCUCAACCAUCACCUUUUCAUCUCUCCAUGUCCACUCUUUCUUUCAAUCACUCAUACAUCACCUUACCUGAGUUGUUGAGCUAUCUUGACCCCGAUCUCCAGUUCAGAACACCCCAGCUCCAGAUCUACGCCAUCUAUCCUUUCCUCCACUCCUCAACAAUCAUGUCUAUCAUGGAAACGGCCACCAGCAUCAAGUGGUUCCCCGUUAUCAUUAAAGGCCUCGCAGUCCUCUUUGCUGCCUUCUUCAUCCGCCUCAGUGUCUCCUGGUUCGAACAUCAUCAACGCAAUAGACGUCGUGCUCGUAUCACGGGUCCGAUUGAAGUUCGCGUUAUCCACGUUGACUAAGUUGGACGGUGUGUUGAGUCGGUUUGUCUCGUUGGGAAAUGAGAUACACGAUUGAAUGCAUUGCUUUUGCGUUACUCUUCCUUUAGGAUGCUCAGCUCGGAAUCUAGUUAUCCCUUAUGGUUGAUAUGGAAGGUGACGACGACAGUUAAAUUUGGUUGGGACAUGAGGG